AUGGACACGCUUCCAAAUGAGCUGAUCUUAUACCUCAUGAUUGACUACAAGGCUCCUGAAUUGUUGCACGUCUGCAGCCGUUUCUACGAGAUCGGCAUCGAGGACUUCUGCACAGGGAAGCAUUAUAGCCCAAAGACGCUGAUAUGCAAAUUGCAGCGUGUGGGAGAUGACGCUUACAGGGAAAUCCAGGAGCCACAAAGCAUAGAUUACUCCUCACAAGAAGAUGAAAAGGCUGGUCUCGUUUCUGAGAUGGAGGUGGAUGACACACUCUCCGUAAACGACGUACCCGCUUUCGUUGAACGCAACUUAUCAGACUUUGGCCACGAAGUCAUCGAUUUCCAGACGUACACUUGGAACUUGGCGCACUGGACACAACUCGAUAGGAGAAUACAGAGUCCCGUUUUCCACGUAGGAGGACAUCCUUGGAGAAUUCUUCUCUUUCCUUUCGGUAACACGAAUGGCAAUGGCAACGAAAUGGUUUCCAUUUAUCUCGAGUACGCUGACCCACGUGGCGCUCCUACUGGCUGGCACGUUUGUGCUCAGUUCGCACUCGUCAUGUCCAACCCUUCAGACCCAACUGUUUUUGUCACCAACCAAGCACAUCACAGAUUCACAAUCGAGGAAAGCGACUGGGGAUUUACUCGCUUUAGCGAAUUGCGCAGACUAUGUAUCCCAUCAGACAAGUUCUCGAGACCAGUCAUUGAGGGUGAAGGAUCCACCAUCACUGCCUUCGUAAGAGUUCUUGAUGAUCCUACAGGCGUUCUGUGGCACAAUUUCGUCAACUACGACUCCAAGAAGGAGACUGGAUUCGUUGGUCUUAAGAACCAGGGCGCUACCUGCUACAUGAACUCUCUACUGCAAUCCCUCUACUGUACAAACUACUUCCGUAGGGCUGUUUACCAAAUUCCUACAGAGGAAGACCAUCCAUCUGAAUCUGUUGCUCUUGCUCUUCAGCGCGUCUUCUAUAACCUUCAAAACUCAUUACAGCCAGCUGGAACAACAGAACUCACCCGCUCGUUCGGUUGGAAGUCGCUAGAUUCUUUCAUGCAACACGAUGUUCAAGAAUUCAAUCGCGUUCUCCAAGACAAGUUGGAGGAGAGAAUGAAAGGCACUGUAGCAGACGGUGCUAUUACUGAUUUGUUUGUUGGUAAGAUGAAGUCGUACGUCAAGUGCGUGGAUGUAGAUUUCGAAUCAUCACGAAUUGAAGACUUUUACGACAUUCAACUCAAUGUCAAGGGAAUGAAGAACUUGUACGAGUCAUUUAAGGACUACAUACAGGUAGAGACACUCGAGGGUGACAAUAAAUACCACGCUGAGGGUCAUGGUUUGCAAGAUGCUAAAAAGGGAUGCAUUUUUGAAUCUUUCCCACCAGUCCUCAACUUGCAAUUGAAGCGUUUCGAGUAUGACCUCCAGCGCGAUGCAAUGGUUAAAAUCAACGAUCGCCAUGAAUUCCCAUUCGAGAUUGACUUGAAGGAGUUCCUUGAUGAUGGUCCAGCUAAGGAGGAGGACUGGGUUUACAGAUUACACGGCGUUUUGGUACACUCCGGUGAUUUACACGGUGGUCAUUACUUUGCACUCAUUAAGCCGGAGCGUGACGGACAGUGGCUAAAGUUCGACGAUGACAGAGUCACUAAGGCUCUUGAUAGAGAAGUUUUGGAAGAUAACUAUGGUGGAGAAAUGCACAGCAACGUCGUCACAGCGCAAGGACCAAAACCACAAUUACGCGCCAUGAAACGCUUCACCAACGCUUACAUGCUUGUUUAUAUUCGCGAACAGAAGACGGACGAUAUAUUGAAACCAUUCACAAAUGAUGACAUACCACCACUACUUCGUCAAAGAUUAGAUGAAGAGCGUGAAGCAAACGAGCGCAAGCGUCGUGAACGUGAUGAGCAACACUUAUACUUGACGACUAGAGUUAUUUCAGAUAACACUUUCUCCACUUAUCAAGGCUUCGAUCUUGCAACCUUUGAAGAUAGGAAUGUACCAGCAACAGAGCUUCCAACAAUUAGAGCACUCAAAACGAUGCCAUACAAUGAAUUUAAAGAGCAACUCAGACAUCAAUUCGGUUUAGGUGAUCGUAAAUUUAGACUGUGGAUGCUUGUCAAUAGACAGAACAAGACUAUCAGACCAGACACGCCAAUUCUUGAAAAUGAUCCAACCAAGACACUUGAUGCUAUUAGAGUGGAGCUUUCACCAAGACAAAGUGACCUUAAGCUCUAUUUAGAUGUUGAGAAAGAGAGUGACACUCUGUACGGCAAACCAGAAGAUUCAAUAAUGAUCUUCUUGAAGUAUUUUGAUGUAUCGAGACAAACACUGACUGGUGUUUGCAAGGUUUACGUGUCUAGAUCGGCUAAGGUUGGAGAUUUACAGGAUAUUAUACAGAAGGAGAUGAAGUGGCCACCUGGAUUACCAUUGAGGUUGUACGAGGAAAUUAAACCAGGAUAUAUAGAACCAAUGAAGCCAAAGAUGACACUUGCACAAAGUGAAUUACAGGAUGGUGACCUUGUUUGUUUCCAAGUAGAGCUCUCAGAUUCUGAGGUCAGGGAUUACGAAGCGCAAGGAAUGAACGCUGAUCCAAUCUCACACUAUGACUACCUCCAAAACCGCGUACAAGUGACAUUUAGACCAAAGUACAAGAAUCAAAUAAGUGAGACUGUUAGCGAGUUUAAUUUGCUGUUGAGCAAGAAGACUAAUUACGAUCGCAUGGCUGAAUUGGUUGGCGCCAAGGUGAAGCAGGAUCCGCUCAAGAUUAGAUUCACAACGACACAAAAUACAAAUGGAACACCAAAGUCUAUAGUGAAGCGCAGUAUGAAUCAACCAGUUCAGGAUCUCAUCACACCAGGCUAUUUGACAGAGAAUUCCCAUGUGAUUUUCUAUGAGUUGUUGAAUAUCUCAAUAGUUGAAUUGGAGACGAAAAAAUCAUUCACGGUAACUUGGACGGGACUCCACAAUAAAGAAGAAGGCACGUAUCCAUUUUUACAGCCAAAGACAUCUACUAUAAAUGAUGUGGUUGAGCAACUAGCUAAGAAUGUGGAGUUAACAGCAGAAGGAUCGCAAAAGAUAAAGAUAUUCGAGAUCUGGAAUGGAAGACAUCAAAAGGAAUGCAAUGGUUUGGAGUUAAUUGGUAAUUUAUCAGACAAUGCAGAGUUAUUCGCAGAGGAAGUGCCAAAGGAGGAAACCGAAGCUAAUGAGAGUGAAAAAAUCAUCAACGUGUUCCACUAUUCGCGUGAGCCACAACGGUGGCAUGGAAUUCCAUUUAAAUUAGUAACCAAGCCAGGUGAAAAGUUUAUUGACACAAAGUUGAGAUUACAAAACAGAUUGAACAUUCCAGAGAAGGAGUUGUCCAAGUACAAGUUCAGCUUAAUUACAUCGAUGUAUUAUAAGCAGCCAAGUCUAAUUGAUGACGGUGACGUAAUCCACGAUCACAACUUUGCUCAACAAGAUGCACUCGGAUUGGAUCAUAUUGAUAAAUCUGGGAAAUCUAACAAAACCGCUGAAAGGGGUAUUUUGAUUCGUUAA